AUGGUAUGGUUUGUGGUGGGGGUGGGGGGAGGAGGGUGUGGGGGGGGUUUGGGGUGGGGGUUGGGAGGAGGAAGUAUGGGUUUGGGGGGGGUGGUGGUUGGGGGGAUUGGGGGGGGGGGGGGUGUGUGGGGGUGGUUUGAGAGAGAUGUUUUGUUGUAUGGGGGGGGGGGUUUGGGGGGUUGGGGGGGGGAGAUGGGGAGUAAGGUGUUGUGGGAGUGGGGGAUUGUGGUAUGGGGGUUGGGGGGGGGUGUAGAGGGGGGGUGUGGUUGGAGGAAGAGGGGGUGGUGGGGGGGGGGGGUUGGUGGGGGGGUUGAGGUGGGGGGGUGGGGAUUAUGGGUGGUUGAUGGUGGGGUGGGGGGGGGGGGGGUGGAUGGUGGGGGAGUGAGGUGGGGGGGUGGGGGGGUAUGGUUUUGGGUUGUGGGGGGGGGGGUGUUGGUUGUUGGGGGGUUGUGGUGGGGGGGAAUAGAGUGGGUGGGUUGUGGGGUGGGGGGGGGGGGUAAUUGGGUUGGGGGGGUGGUUUUUGGUAGUUGUGGUUGUGUGGUUGUUGUUGUUGUGAUGUGUGGGUGUUUUUGGUUGAGGUGUGGUUGUGAGGGGGGUGUGGGGGAGAGGGUUGGGGAAUGUGGGGUUGAAUGGUUUGGGGUUGGUUGGGUGUGA